AUGAGAGGAAACUAUUUGUACAGUUGCCUCACGGCAGUCGUGCUGCUCGUGUCGUCCGUGCUGGGUGCCACAGUGGAACAGUUUGCCGCAGAGGUUGCGAAAAGCGGGCAUAAUAUCAUCCAAUUGACCGACUCGAACUAUAAGAAGUGGCUCGGUGGGACGCACAAAGUGCCUCGCGGUGCCAACGUCCUCGCGCUGUUCACGACCACGGCUCUCGAAUUCGGCUGCCAGACGUGUCUCAAGUUCGAGGCGGAGUACGACGCCCUGGUCCAGUCCUGGUUCAAUGAUCACCCUGGCGGUGUCUCCAAAGAGGACCCGGAAAAGGCGCUGUUCUUCGUCAAAGUGUCAGUGAUGAAACCAGGGCAGAUCCCCAACGCGUUCAAGUAUUUCAAUCUCGAACACAUUCCAAAACUGCUCUUCUUCCCAGCUGGUGGAAGGAUCGACGACUAUCAAUCGCUCGACUUGCCCCAAGAGGAGGGCACCAUGAGAGUGACGUACCUGAUCACCGCGUUGAAGGGUGCCAUCGGUAUAUCUGACUACCAACUGUACGUACCCACAGACUGGUCCUCCAUCGGAGUCACCAUGUUUGCCGUGUUCGCCCUCGUCUACUUGGUCAGGAAACACUACGCGUUCCUCGGUACUCUCCUUGCAUCGCGCGCUCUGUGGGCUGUCUGUUCUGUCGCCUUCAUCAUUUUGAUGAUCAGCGGGUACAUGUUCAACAAGAUCAGGGGCGUGCCCCUCGCUGGAUCUGGCCCACACGGAGAGGUUGUAUACAUUUUGGAAAACGAGUUCCAAUCACAGUACGGUAUCGAGACACAGAUAUUGGCCGUCUUCUACGGCUUGCUUGCCGCACUGGUUGUCGGUUUAAGCAUGGGUAUUCCAAAACUGAACAACUACUACCAGAGAAGAAGCGACGGGACUUUCAUCGUUGCCGUCGCGAGCAUCGUGUUGGCUGUCGCAGUGUACAUGUUUUUCGCUGCGUAUACAAACGUGUACAGCACAAAACAAGGGGGAUACCCAUUUAAACUGUUCAAAGUCUCGGCGUUAUUUUAA